AUGGCCCCGCCAAAAACACCGCGAACCAAAUCACAGUCAGAUGUAUCCACGCCGUAUAGCAUGGCUCCCACCGCCGGGCGCUCUGCAAGCGAUGUCCAGGCCGCGCAGCCCUCGGAAGCACUUUCGCAGGCCCAAGAAGAUGAACGCGAAGUCUUGAAAGCCAUUUUCAUGGACGACUACCAGGAAGUCGAGGCUAAAGGUUCAUGGGGUAAAACUACCGACAGAGUACUUCGGUUGAAACUCCGAGCUUUCUCUAACGAGGACAUAUCCUGCACCUUAUGUGCGAAGAUCACAGCCACAUAUCCCAAGUCUUUGCCCAUCCUCACUUUGGAAGACACGGGUCAUCUGCGACUCAAGACUCUUCAAGCGUUGCAGGCUACGCUCAAAAAGCGGCCGAGAGAGCUGGUUGGUGAAGUAAUGCUGCACGAUAUUGCCACAUCAAUUCAAGACAUCUUAGAAGAUGAGAUCGCAGUUCGAGAGAACGAUGGCACUUUCGCAAACUUAGAAGCCGAGCGAGCUGUGCAGGAAGCAGCUGCAGUUGAGCUCGCGAAACAGCACGAGGAAGAACUCCAGAAGAAGCGGAAUGAAGCGAAGGCCGAAGAGGACCGCGCCCUGCAACAGAUGGUCAAUGACGAAAUGAGACGGAAAGAGCUGAUGGCGAAGCGCCGUAACCGCAUAUCGACCAUCACACCCACCCCUUCUUUCCAAAACGCCCACAAUGGAAGCCACGUAUCUUUUGACAGGGUUAUCGAGCUGCAGUAUGAUGGAAAGACCACCGAAUGCACUGCGGUAGAAGGACUGCUGCCAUUCCGCGAAGGCCCGGUCACUGAGCAGCUGCUCGUGAAACCCGUUGGAGACGGCGAUGCGAUCACUCUGGUUAUGAAGCGCGUUCGAGUCGGCGCCGAGAAACCGUCAGAUGCCGCCCAGCUAAAACGAGCUAUAACCGAUUUCGAAGAAGAGAUGGAAGAGAUAAAGAAGCUACGCCAGUCCACUAUCUUAAGCGUCUUUGACUUCAAGAUCGAGCAAUUGCCUGAAGCUGUAUGGGAGAUCAAUGUGCUCUUUGAAUUCGGUGACAAAGGCUCGCUAGGUGAGAAGCUGGAUGAUGACGGUCAAAUCGCUGUCGCAAGGGUGAGAUCGUGGACCGUAGAUCUCUUAGAGGCGCUCGAUUACUACCAUCGGAACGGCAUCAUACACAAACGAAUUCAUCCGCACAACAUCUUACUACACAAAUCAUCGACCGGAGGCAUAGCCGUGAAGCUAGCUGAUGCCGGUUUCCAAGAGACGUUGCAUAGCCUGAAAAACUUCGGUCGUACAGGUCAGCCUUUCGUCGCCUCUCGAUCGGCAUUCUGGAUUCCGGCCGAAUUAGCCCAAGAGGUACGGCGAUCACGCAAGACUGACGUUUGGGAUUUGGGAGUUGUGUUCCUCCAGAUGCUUUUCGGCUUAGACGUUCCGCAGAAGUAUAACUCCCCCAAGGAUCUGUCCGAUGCACUUGGUUGUUCUGAGCCUCUGCAAGAAAUUCUUAGGAAGUUUUUCAAACCUGAUCCGAAGAAGCGACCUUCUGCAUUCGACUUAAUCCCGUGCGAAUUCCUGCGCGACGACGUGCCAGUAUACGAACAGCCACCCACACCGAUGCGAUCUCGACAUUCUUCGACUUCGUUAGCACAUUAUCAUUUGCGUCGCGAAUCUUCCACUGGAGUCGGAGGCAUGACAUAUUCCCGCUACACGAGCGACUGGGUUGAACAAGAUCGCUUAGGCAAAGGAGGCUAUGGCGAAGUGGUCAAGGCUCGUAACAAAGUCGAUGGACGAAUCUACGCUAUUAAAAAGAUCCGGCAAAAGACGGCCUCAGCGCUCACCGAAGUCUUGUCUGAGGUCAUGCUGUUAUCCCGGCUGAAUCACCCCUGUGUCGUUCGCUAUUACACAGCCUGGCCCGAGGAGGAGACAAUGACAAUGUCCGAUUCUGAUGAUGAGGGUGAAUCUACUACAUUCGAUGCGGACGAUUCCGGGUCAGAAUCAGAUAUCUCACCUGGUGACACCGGCGCGAGUGGUUACGGGGCGAGCACCGGAGGUCUGGACUUUAUCAGCUCAAGUGGGUACCCAAAGAUCGAAUUCGGUUCUGAUGACGAGUAUGCGAACAAUGACGACGGUGCCAUCGACGACGCUAGCGUGGCUGAUGCUCACUCACCUAUCGCAAAGAAACGAACUGCUUCGACUUCGAUGCCUCAGCGGCCUGCGAGGACCAUCUUGUACAUUCAAAUGGAACUUUGUGAGAAGCAGACAUUACGAGACUUGAUUCGCCGGGGCCUGUAUGACGAUCCUGAUGAGGUCUGGCGACUGUUCCGUCAGAUGUUGGAAGGUCUGGCCCAUAUCCACAGCCACGGUAUCAUUCACCGCGAUUUGAAGCCCGAUAAUAUCUUCAUCGACAUGGCCAAAGUCCCAAAGAUUGGCGACUUCGGUCUUGCAACGAGCGGACAGUAUCAGAGGUUAGACCGUAAGGCGUCAACUGGAAUACUGCCCGAGAGCGACAUGACACGCAGCAUCGGUACGGCACUGUAUGUUGCACCCGAGUUGAGAUCGAGUGUAACCGGUAACUACAACGACAAGGUCGACAUGUACUCGAUGGGUAUUAUUUUCUUCGAAAUGUGCUACCCUCUGAAUACUGGCAUGGAGCGAGACCAAGUCCUCCGGCAGUUGCGCGAACGAAAGCAUACGCUCCCUCCAGAGUUCGAAACCCAGGAAAAGUCCUUACAAGGCAACAUCAUCACUUCGCUCAUCAGUCAUCGCCCCAGCGAACGACCGAGCUGUGCUGAGCUCCUGCGAAGUGGCAAGGUGCCUCUGCAGAUUGAAGACGAAGCUGUCAAAGAAGCAUUGAAAGCACUAUCUGACCGGAAUUCGCCUCACUAUACAAAGAUGAUGGCAGCAUUGUUCUCUCAAAAGCCUGACACUCAAGCGAAAGAUUAUGCCUGGGAUAUGGGCAACAGCGCUGGUGCGCAGAACAUUCAGGCGAACGAUAUUCUUCUGCAGAAUCUGGUCAAGAGCCGGCUUGGCUUGGUCUUCCGCGGCCACGGUGCAGUCGAAGUACAACGCCAAUUACUCCUCCCAUGGUCUGAUCAUUAUGCGAACAAGCAUGUCGUCAAGCUGUUCGAUCCAUCUGGUACGCUAGUACAGCUGCCAUAUGACUUGACAUUGCCGUACGCCCGCAGCAUAGGCCGUGGUGCUCCGUUCUUGGAGAAGACUUUCACCAUUGGCUCCGUCUAUCGCGACAACUACGGUGGAGCUCCUCGUAGCAGUGGAGAAGCCGAUUUCGACAUACUUUCGUACGAUACAUUAGACCUCGCUUUGAAAGAGUCUGAAGUGUUAAAGGUUGUCGACGAGAUCAUUGACGAAUUUCCUUCUCUAGCUUCUGCCCAGAUGUGUUUUCACAUUAAUCAUGCUGACCUCUUGGACAUAAUCAUGGAUUUUUGCAGGAUCAAUGCCCCUCGACGUCCGGCGGUCAAAGAAGUUCUCAGCAAAUUGAAUAUCGACAAGUUCAAGUGGCAGAAUAUCAAAAACGAACUGCGAGCCCCAGAAAUCGGCGUAUCGUCAACUUCGCUCGACGACCUUGCCCGGUUCGAUUGGCGGGACACACCUGACAAGGCAUUCGCCAAGUUGCGCAGGAUCUUUGAGGGGACGAAGUAUCUGGACCGGACGCGCGCAAUCUUUUCUCAUCUGUCUUCUGUGGUCAGCUAUAUGAAGCACUGGAACAUCAAACGCAAGGUCUACAUCAACGCUCUCAGCAGCUUCAACGAAAAAUUCUAUUCUGGGGGUGUUCUCUUCCAGUGCCUAUUUGACGGAAAGAAGCGUGAAGUCCUUGCUGCUGGCGGUAGAUAUGACAAACUCAUUCAAGAGUAUCGCCCUAAAGGUCCUGGGCAUGCUCACCCUGCCGCGGCAUAUCAUGGUGUCGGUGUCAACAUCGGGUGGGAUCGUCUUGUCAACUCCAUGAUGCGAUAUUUGAAGAGACCAGAGAGAUCUGCUUUUCUUAGGAAACAGGCUGAGGAGGAUACGCCAGCAGUGUCAUGGAUGCCAAGACGAUGCGACUGUCUCGUUGCCAGCUUUGACUCUGCAGUUCUCCGCUCUACGGGCGUGAAGAUGGUCGCUGAGCUCAUCGCUAACGGCUACACAGCGGAACUGGCAAUAGAUGCGCAUUCGGUAGAGGACCUGCUUCGUCACUAUAGAGAUGAUCGGCAUAGCUGGCUCAUCGUGAUCAAGCACGGCAUCGCACCGGACAAGCCUGAUCUCAAAGUAAAGAGCAUCGCAAAGAAGGAAGAUACGGAUCUCCGAAGCGCGGACCUACUCAACUACCUUCGCAACGAGCUACGUGAUAGGGAGGCACGUGAAGGAACGGCUGCUCAACGUCUCACAAAAGCAUUACCUACGACAUCUUCCUCCACCACGGCGGCUAAAGCUAGCGUAGAUGUGCUCAUGUCACACCAUCGGUCCAAGAAGAGUAACAAAUGGAGUAUCGUAGAAGCUGCACAAUCUCGUUCGGCGGAGCUCCUGACGGCUUUCCAGGGCGCACCAAUCGCGGCGAUCGAGACGAAAGAUGAAGUGAUGAACUCGAUCCACGAGACUCGAUUGAGCGAUCCAGAUAGUUGGCGAAGGGUCAUCCAGAAUCUGCCCCUUGCAGAAAGGAAGUAUCUCCAGGAGCUGCAUGACUUAUUGCUCAAGUACGCGGCAAGAUGGAAGGAGAUGGUCAACGAAGGAUCUGCGAGGAGUGGAGAGGGUGGGAAGGCUUUUGUAUACAACUUCAGGACGGGUGGGUGUUUGCUGUAUGACUUGGAGAGCUAA